UUUGGAUGCAGAGAAUGCAUCUUGUGGUUGGACUACUUACGUCCAUUGUAAAGCUGGGCGUGGAAGAAGCACAACCAUUGUGCUUUGCUAUUUGGUGGAGUAUAAGAACAUGUCUCCUGCUGCUGCCCUGGAAUAUGUGCGUUCUAAAAGACCUCGAGUGCUCUUGGCUCCUUCGCAGUGGAAGGCAGUCCAAGAAUACAAGCAGCACCGAUUAGUGUCUACUCACUCUCCCUCCGGGGAUGCAGUUUUGAUUACAAAAGCAGAUUUGGAAGGGUACCAUAGCUCUUGCGAUGACAAAGUCAGCAAGGCGUUGGCAGUUGUGCCCAGAGUGGGAAGGCUAUCGUGUCUCUUAGCUUCUUUGAAAGAAGUUUCAGGUGGCUUCGGGCCUGUUCCUAGGCGGCUUGCCGAUGCACGUGCUUGCUAAGGGCACCCACACCAGUUAGGUGGGUUGCUUGUACAGAAGUGCAUUAUGGUAAUAACAUGCAUGGGCGGGGCUAUGCAUAAAGUAGUGGGUUCAACCCACUCAACUUUGAAUUUUUUUUUUUAAAGAAAAAUGUAAGUAUUAUAUAAAUUUUUUGAAAGGCUUUCUUAAAUUGGCACCA